AUGCGAUUCAUAUACGUUCUGCUCUUGGCCCUUCUCGGCUGCGUCCUGCUUGCCCAGCAGGGUUACGGCGCUACAGGCUCGAGCACUGAGAGCUCCUCGGAUAGCACCAGCUCCAGCUCCUCGGACACCACCACUACCGCGACCUCUUCCUCCGACACAACUGAAGCCUCAACCUCGUCCGACACCACCACAGUGGCCUCGUCUGCCACGACUACCACCACUUCUUCGUCCUCGUCCUCGUCUUCGUCCUCCAAAGCGGCCGCCCGUCGCCGCAGGGCCCGUCGUCGUCGCCUGGCCCGCCAACGCCGCAGGCGCCAACAGCGCCAACGACGCCGCCGCCAGCAGCAGCGCAGAAGACGCCAGCAAAGGCAGCGCAGGGGAUAGAUAGAUUGCUCCAGCCCAGGAGGCUUGCUGCCAAGUCAGACAGCUAAUACAAGCCAAAGAUUGAUAUUUUAACUAAAUUGCAGCUGCGUUGCUGUGGGAUAUUCCGUUGCUUAAAAAUAAAGAACAUUUUAAAAAACAAA